AUGCCUCAGAGCCUGAUGUCUUACCAGUUUGGACAAUCCUUGAGGACUGGUGUAUUCUCCUCGCCUCACCUUUUCGCUGCAAAUCUGCAUAUAAACCCAGCUUGGUUCCGCUCGAUUCUGGUCUUCAUCGCAACACUCACUACUCUUCGUCAUAUUUUUACUACUCUAAAAUUUUCCCAUCUACCUCGCUCUCUCAAGAUCAUCAUGGUAUCGACACGAGUCCCUGAUGAGGGCUACGUUUCUAGCUCAAUGUCCCGUGAGAGGAUUGCUCAGAGAAUUCUCGAGGACAUUGAGGGACAGAGAAGAGGGAAAGACCGGGCUAUCAUUGUUGUUCUCGGCGCAAAAGACAUUGAUGAUCUUAACAAAAGAUUGAAGGAAUUGGAGCCGAAGCCAGAGAAAGACAAGUCGCCUGUCAUUCUCAUCGGAAGCAUGCUCCUCCAAAAGGUAAUUUUGGUAGUUACCGAGCAAAGUCAGAUCAGAAACUUGACUAUCAUGGCCGAUGAAACCAUUUCUCAGCUUUCAUUUCAAGUUCCAGCUUCCAACGUCCAGACUCUGAAGAUACGUCGUUGUGGUCAUUCCAAGAACGACCAGGACAAACUCCUUGUCGAUGGAAGCUCCGAGUUUCACAACAGACGAUUGGAUGAAUGGAAGACUGUUUCGCACCACGGACUCAAGCUACACAUUGGUCGAGACGUCCGCAUCCACCGAAAUGACGAGCCCCCUUGUAAGCCUUCGAAGGCUCCAGAUGAUAAUCCAGAGGACCCAAGUGACCCAGUCUCCUCAGACAAGGCGGGUGAGCGUGACGCUGAUGAUGACUCUUGGGGCUACAUCAAAACCAUAAUUUCUGUUGCCCUCGGCACCUGUGCCUUCUUCAUCGCCGCCUCAACCGAAGUGUCGGGUCAAGCCACCGUUUGUGCCUUUGACUGCGACUUUAAGAAGUGGAUUUUUAAAGGUCUGUUUGCGACUGCGAAAGGCGCAGGUACACUAUCGUUUCCCUGGUGCGUUUUUAUAGGAUUGGCUGUUGGCGUUGCAGCGUACUGUGUUCUUUCGACGAACUGGUUUCCGUCGUUAAAGUCCACUUCAAUCUCUUGGACAUCAUCUCUUCGGAAAUGGUGGGACAACACUGCUGAGGAUGGAACCCCGCAUGGAAGUAUAUUGUCUCGCCUCUUUAAUUGAUAUCACAGCGGUUUCCCUGUUGCUGAAUGGAAUUCCGGCCCUAGAAUGUAUGCAAAGGCUAAAAGGAUAGAUGAAUUAGUAUUUCAUGUUAAGUAUAAGAAUCUUCAAAGGAUUAAACGCGUUUAUGUUAUAGUUAAAACAAAUCCAC